AUGUCCAUGACUCCCCGGGCUAUGACCGUGGGUUCGUCCCCGGAGUCGUGCUCGCUGAGUGCCACAUAUACUGUUCUCGCGGCUUUGAAGAAGGCCAAUGGGGCCAAAGCUACUGAUGAAUCCAGUCUUGUGCCCUUGGAGUUGCAGUACCCUGCCGUUGGUCCCUAUCAUGUCGAAUGUGUAUACCAGUUGGCGAGUUCCGGGGGCGGAUUGGACGACAAGCACGACGUUGACUUCCCCUGUCAACAGCCUGAACGGCGAACCAGGGAUGGUGGGGCACACAAGACUGCCGGUUGUUGCGCCCCGGCGCCCAUGUCGUCCCUUGCGAGCUCGUAUGUUGAAGAAGAGUUUGGCACUUUCCCCUCGCGGUUUCGCUCUCUGAGAAGCGUGUUCACACACAGUCUCACCAUCCUCAUAUGGGGCCUCGCUCGUGCAGGGAUGAAUGUAGCCCGACAUAACCUCAGCCCAGGAAAUGUCAUCAGCCAUGAUUGCGCCGGUAUCCGCGACUGUGCUUCCACGCUGAACCGAGUCCACCUCGUCAUGAAAGGGAUGGGCGGGCAGCCCAAACAAGUCCAAGAUGCCAUUUCUUUCUUCGCUGAUCACCAACCCAUGGUCAAGCGCGUAGUGUUCUACUGCCCGCUCCGCCAGCGCCGCAAUGGUGGCAAAUGGACUGGCCCCCAGGGCACGGGGCAAUAG